UACAAAUGACAUUUCUAGUUUAAUUUGAUAAAAAAUUGUUAUUAUUGAAGUUUUUGUCGAAAAUUGGUUAACCUGUUUAAUAUCAUUCAAUGUUAGUGAAAAUCGCACAUUUUUAAUAUUUUCAAAAUGAUGGAAAAACGAAACAAAUACAUGGGUUUCUUAGGAAUAAUAAAGUUUUUCCUGAAAAGUUUACUUUACAUUAGUAUCUUAGGGACAAUAAUUGUAUUUAUACCAAAUUUACCACCAUUUGCUGAAAUAAAAAAGCCUAUUAAGCUAGCAAAAUUCAGAGACCUAACGGGUCCCUUAGCCCUUAAUGAAAAACUAAAAGAUAUGAAAAUAUGGCAUCAGGGUGAUCUCUCAGGUCCUGAAGGUUUUGCUGAUUAUAAUGGUGAAUUAUACACUGGUUUAAACGGUGGAAAUAUUGUAAAAUUAGUUGGAGAUAGAAUUGAAUUGGUAACAAAAACAGGUAAACCUUGUAAAGGACACUACGAAGAACAUAUUUGUGGGAGACCUUUGGGAAUGGUAUUUGACAAAAAUGGAAAUAUGAUUGUAGCAGAUGCUUAUUAUGGAAUUUUGAGAAUAAAUGUAAAAACAGGUAACAAAGAGAUACUGGUUUCUCCAAAUGUUGAAAUUGAAGGUAAAAAACCAAAAUUGUUCAAUUCCGUUGCAUUGGCCAGCAAUGGAGAUAUAUAUUGGACAGAUUCUUCUACUCAGUUUGAAUUAAAUGACAUUGUAUAUGAUUUUUUGUCUGACCCUUCUGGAAGGUUAAUCCAUUAUGAUGCUAAAACUAAGAAAAACAAAGUCCUCAUUGACCAACUAAUGUUUGCAAACGGUGUACUUUUACUCAACGAUGAAGAAAUCGUAGUUGUUGGUGAAUCGUUCGGAAAUAGAUUGAAAAGAUACUAUUUGAAGGGUCCUAAGAAAGGCACCCAUGACAUAUUCAUUGAAGGUUUACCAGGUUUUGUCGAUAACUUGAAAAGUGAUGGGAAAGGUGGACUGCUUUUGUCUUUGAUUGAGUCUUACGAUGCUGAACAUCCUUCGAUAAACUACAUUUUGUAUCCUUUUCCUCGUCUCAGGAGAUUUAUAGUUAGAACAUUGGGUAUAAUUGAAUAUAUGAUGAUAACUUUGAAUAGAUACUUUCCAUCGGAAAUUGCACAGAAGGCUAUAUAUCAUAUUGGGUCUUAUGGUAUGAUCAAAGGAGCACUUUCCUUUCCCCGUACCAGCUUAGUCCGCAUUUCAAAUACUGGAGAAAUCUUAGAAUCUUAUCAUACCUCUUCCAAGAACGUGAGCAUUUUUUCAGAAGCUCAUAUUUUUAAAGACAAAAUAUAUUUCGGUAGCCCCUUGAACAAUUACAUAGGAGUAUUACCUUUAAAAUCCUUGGGUUUCGAAGAACAACAGGCUAAACAUAAAACUGAUACAAAGGAAGUUCCACAACAAGCAACCACACCUAAACCUACACAAGCUCCAACAGCGAAACCUACACAACCUCCAAUACAAAAACCUACACAAGCUUCAACAGCGAAACCUACACAAUCUUCAACACAAAAACCUACACAGGUUCCUGCAGCGAAACCUACACAGGUUCCUGCAGCGAAACCUACACAAGCUCCUACUGCGAAACCUACACAAGUUCCAACAGCGAAACCAACCACGGGUUCGACACCUAAACCUACACAGGCUCCAACACAGAAAUCUACUUCGGCUCCAUCAGUCAAAUCUGCUCAGGUGCCUACCCGUGUACCAACUAAACCUACUCAAGCUUCAGCUGAAAAGCCCAGUCCGGCUCCAACACCAAAACCUGUUCAGACAUCAACGGCUAAAUCUAAGCCAGCAAAACAGGAAUCGCCUGGGCAAUAAACUGGAAUUUAGCUUUUAAAGCAAAAUUUAUUUUAUCACAAUUAAACACUGCUCAACCUGCUAAAAAUUGUGUUUAGUUGUGUAUAAUCAGAAUAAUUAAUUUUAGAGUAAUGAGCGGUUCUUAAAAAUAUUUGUUAUAUUAUUUAGGCUAUUGAUAUUCGAAUUUUAAAUACGAGAAUCCUCAAGCAACUUCGUAAUUCCAUAUAAAUUGUGAUUUACAUGAUUUGUGAUAUAUGAAAAGGGGGGAAUUGGAUAAUGAUAAUUUAUACGAUUGUUAUCCGUGGGGUUAAUUACACUAUACACUACACUAACUUAAAAUAAUUCACUUAUCACUUAAAUAAUUUAUUUAAAUUCCUCGAUUACUUUCUAUUUCAGUCUGUUCAUUAUGACUAUUUAUUAUAAACUGAAGUAAACUGCUCUUUAUAUAUUUAUCACAGAAUAAUUCUCGAAAGUUCUAGAAAGAAACAAAUAAAUAAAUAGAUUCUAGUAUAUCCAAGCAGGACCGGCUCCAGGGUGGAGAUUAGUUCGUAACAAUAUUAUCCGAUUCUCCAUCUUAAUAGCAGAUCUAAUUUAUUUACUUUUUAAUAUAUUUUUUAGUUAUUGGGUAUUUUGUAGAAUUUAGAUUUGGAGGUUUGUUGAUGUACGAGAUACUGUGUAAGAUGCAAUUAUUUACAAAAAAUAUAUAUAAGUAUCUUUUCCUUCCUUUUGGAAGGAACUCGAUGAAUCUCAACAUUCUUCAGGCUUCCGAUAAGUCAAGCACAAAUCACAUUCUUGAAAUGCAUUUAUGCAGUACCAUUCCAUAUAAAAAAAAUGUUUUAUUAUAUUUGUUAAUUUAUUUACUGUUAAAUGUAACAACAUGAUAAUAUGUGUGCAAUUAUUUGGUAGAAAAAAUUUUGUACUUUUUUAGACAGGUUGUAAAUUAAUAAUAGACAAACUUUUCAUAAUAA